AAACGAUCCCUAUUAUUCUAUAUUGGAUUAGAGUUGCUGACUGUAAUACGCUGAAAUAAUUUAAGAGUGUCUUGAGAAAAGCCUAAAAAGACUUAUUAAUUUGAAGUACAAUGGCUGAAAGAAAAGCAGUGAAUAAGUACUACCCCCCGGACUGGACUCCUAAAAUGGGUUCUAUUAACAAGUAUCGAGGAACCCAUGCCUUACGUGAACGUGCCCGAAAACUGAGUCAAGGGAUUCUUAUUAUCAGGUUCGAAAUGCCGUACAACAUUUGGUGUGAGGGCUGUGGGAACCAUAUUGGCAUGGGAGUGAGAUAUAAUGCUGAGAAGUCUAAAGUUGGCAUGUACUACACAACCCCUAUCUACAAGUUUCGGAUGAAAUGUCACUUGUGUGAUAAUCAUUUUGAAAUUCAGACAGAUCCACAGAACCUGGACUAUGUGAUCCUGAAUGGAGCCAGAAGGCAGGAACGGAGGUGGGAUCCAAUGCAAAACCAGCAGGUUGCUCCAGAUGACAAAGAUGUGAGCAACAAGCUAGCUACGGAUGCAAUGUUUCGAAUAGAACAUGGGGUAGAAGACAAAGCAAAACUGAAAUCUUUGGCUCCAUCAUUGGGACAGCUGGAGCAGCAUCAAGAUAGAUGGAAAGAUCCUUACUCCAUGAAUAAGCUAUUGAGACAGAAGUUUAGGGAAAAAAAGAAAGAGUUACUUGUGGCUGAAGCCAGUGACAAGGCUCUACUAGAAAGAUCAUCUUUGGACAUCAAAUUGAUGCCUGAAACAGAUGAUGAUGUAAAACUUGCUGGAUUGUUAAAAUUAAGCUCUACAGAAACUUUUGAAGAACGAAAGAGACAAAAGAGAGAAGAAAUCCAAUUCAAGCCGUUGUUCAAUGCUCCAUCCUGUACAGCAAGAGAAUCUACAACUUUUGGAAGAUCUCUAAACUCGCUUGUUCACCCUCGGCAAAAACUUAUUAGUUCUUUGGCACAGCAAAGACUACAGGAGCUGACUAAACCACUGACUCGCAAGGACUUGGGUAUAUUGCCUCGAAAACCUGAGAGUACCAGCUCAGCUCACGAGUCUGAGAACCAGGAAGAAAAGUCUGUAAAACCAAGAUUGGCUCUCUUUGGUAUCAUCAGAAUAUGUGAGUGAAGAUGAAGAAGAUGUGUUAAAGUAGUGACUGAUUCUCCCAUGUUUCCACAUGUGUAGGUGCAAUUUGUUGAUAACUUGUAAAUAUUGUAUGAUUAUAGCCAUAUUAUCAGUACAGUUAUUUGAAAACUGAGUUACCAAUGGUUUACUCUGUUAUCAUUUAUAAAAAUAUAAUAAGAACCUCAUAAGCUCCCAAAUUUAUUUAAUUUUUUUCUCCUAUAUUUCACAUUAUUUUCAUAAAAUCAGAAAAUACGUAUUUAAUUAAGAAAAACAGACGAUAAAGAUCAUUGUGUUAUUCUUUAGGUUAAAAAAGUUUACGAAGUUUUCAUAUAUGACUAGAAAAAUCAGACUAUUUAUAGCCAAAUAAAAGUAUUUCAUCAUUAUUAGCAAAGGUUUUAUAAUAUUUUGUACAGUUUAAGUACAUUUUUUUAGUCACUUUGAAAUGGUGAGAGUUAUUUCUGCUCUACUUAAUUAUCACUAUCCAAAAGAUAUUAUCAUGAAUGUUUGAUAUCCAUCUGUUGUAGAAGUCUUGGAAUCGUUUUCACUGUUCUUAAGUCGUGGCUUGUAUGGCAGUGUAAAUACUGCCAAUAUGUCAGAAGGAUGGGAUUAAUAGAAUGAUAUUACAUUUGAAUCGUUUUCACUGUUCUUGUUCGUUCUUAAGUCGUUGCUUGUAUGGCAGUGUAAAUACUGCCAAUAUGUCAGAAGGAUGGGAUUAAUAGAAUGAUAUUACA